CACACACACCACUUGCCUUUCUACUACUUCAGUUCUUCUACUUUUCCAUCCCUGUAUUCUCUGCAUUCUCCCCCUAUAUAUUCUCUGUCUCAUCAUUUUCUUAAUAACUUACCUCAUCCUUGAUCCUGCUAAGGCCUCACUUCUUAGUUCUUACUUCUUACCUUUCAGCCAUGAACCCAUCUGAGCAAUAUGUUGAACAUGGAAUAUCUCAGCAGAAUUUAAAGAGGAAAUCCUGUGCCACUGUUCUAACUCUGGCUUACCAAAGUCUGGGAGUGGUUUAUGGUGAUCUCAGCACUUCCCCUCUUUAUGUUUACAAGACCACAUUCUCAGGGAAAUUGAGACUCAAAGAAGAUGAUGAGGAAAUUUUUGGGGUGCUUUCAUUUAUCUUCUGGACAUUUACCAUUAUUGCUCUCUUCAAAUAUGUUUUCAUUGUGAUGUCUGCUGAUGACAAUGGGGAAGGAGGCACCUUUGCAUUGUACUCACUUCUCUGCCGACACGCGAGGCUAAGCAUUCUACCUAAUCAGCAACCAACAGAUGCGCAGUUGUCUUCUUAUGCAACAGAAAAUUCUGAAGACACAUGGCAGUCUUCUUUUCUAAAGAUGUUCUUCGAAAAGCACCCGAGGUUCCAGAAAGGACUUCUGAUCUUUGUUCUGUUAGGGACCUGUAUGGCAAUUGGUGAUGGUGUGAUUACUCCUGCAAUAUCAGUUCUUUCCGCGGUUUCAGGAGUUCAAGUUAAAAUCAAUCAACUCCAUGACAAUUAUGUUGUUAUAAUCUCAUGUAUUAUUUUAGUGGGCCUUUUCUCCAUUCAGCAUCAUGGGACACACAGAGUUGCCUUCAUGUUUGCCCCAGUUGUUGCAGCAUGGCUUUUGUGUAUCAGUGGUAUUGGUAUAUACAACAUAUUCCACUGGAAUCCGCAAAUAUACCGAGCACUUUCUCCGGUCUAUAUGUUCAGAUUCCUCAAAGCCACUGGUACUGAAGGAUGGAUGUCAUUAAGUGGAGUGGUGCUUUCGAUCACAGGGGUGGAGACAAUGUAUGCUGACUUGGGUCAUUUUUCUGCUCUCUCAAUAAAGAUAGCUUUCACAUGUCUUGUAUAUCCCUGCCUGAUUUUGGCAUACAUGGGAGAGGCUGCAUUUCUCUCUAAGAACCACUCUGACAUUCAAAGAAGUUUCUACAAAGCCAUACCAGAAACUGUAUUUUGGCCAGUUUUCAUAGUGGCCACUCUUGCUGCUGUUAUAGGAAGUCAAGCAGUGAUUUCUGCUACUUUUUCCAUCAUAAGCCAGUGCUGUGCAUUGAAUUGCUUCCCUCGCGUUAAGAUUGUUCAUACUUCAAGCAGAAUUUAUGGGCAGAUUUAUGUCCCAGAAAUUAAUUGGUUAUUAAUGUGCCUUUGUUUAGCUGUCACAAUUGGCCUAAGGGAUACAAACAUGAUGGGUCAUGCAUAUGGGCUGGCUAUCACAACUGUUAUGUUUGUGACAACAUGCUUGAUGACACUAGUGAUUGUGAUUGUGUGGAAGCAAGGGAUAAUAAAAGCCCUUGCAUGUUUGCUCUUGUUUGGAUCAAUUGAACUUCUCUACAUCUCAGCUUCUAUUUGCAAAGUUCCUGAAGGAGGGUGGAUCCCACUAGUGCUAUCUUUCAUUUUCAUGGGGAUAAUGUUCACUUGGAACUAUGGAACAAUGAAGAAACACCAAUUUGAUGUGGAGAACAAGGUUUCAAUGAGCAAGAUACUAUCCUUGGGACCUUGCUUAGGCAUGGUCAGGGUCCCUGGAAUAGGACUUGUCUUCAAUAACUUGACUUCAGGAAUCCCUGCCAUUUUUGGCCAUUUUGUUACAAAUUUGCCAGCAUUCCAUCAGGUUUUGGUGUUUGUGUGUGCCAAAUCUAUUCAAGUCCCUCAUGUCGGUGAAAAUGAAAGGCUGGUCAUUAGUAGAAUUGGUCCAAAAGAGUACCACAUGUUUCGUUGCAUAGUCAGAUAUGGCUACAAGGAUAUGCAACAAGAGAAUUACAAUUUUGAGAACAACAUGGUAUCUGCGAUAAUACAAUUUGUAGAAAAAGAAGAGGACAUUCGAGAACAAACACAUGAAUUGUCCAUGGAUGAUGCAAUGGAAGACCUUGGUGCUUCAUAUUCACAACACACUUUGAAUAGGUCAUGUUGUGAAAAGAAACAUGUCCAAUUUUCAAGUGUUUCUGGCAAUCUUGAAGGUCCUCCCCAUAAAGAUGAGUCUUUACAGAUUUUACAAGCUAAAGAGUCUGGUGUUACAUACAUACUUGGCCAUUCCUAUGCAGAGGCAAAAAGACCAUCCUCCAUGUUGAAGAAAUUUGCAAUAGAUGUUGUUUUUGCUUUUCUAAGCAAGAAUUGCAGAGACCCUGAUAUUGUUCUGGAUGUAGCUCAUACUUCCUUGCUAGAAGUUGGUAUGGUUUACCACGUCUAACUCUAACCUUAUACAUAGGUAUCCACAUAGAACAGAAUACUAGAAUAGUCAGUUUGUAAAUGUUGGUCUAAGACUAGAACAUUAACAAUGACUUCUACACGCCAAUGAUCAAGAUGAAAUGGUUGUAUAUUUCCCAUCA